CAAUGUUGCUUACUUUGCAUCAUACAAUGACUGUAUUAAUAAUCUUUUUUGACUGAUUAAAAUACUAUCAGCCAAUGCUGAGUCUGUGAAAAAGAACAGCUUUGCUUCUGAUCAGAUCGCUCCUGGGAGAACAUAAAGAGUUCUUCUUCCACAAUCCAGAUCCUUCACAUUCUCUUGUUGCACCCCAAGCUCUGAGAUCUGGUGGUAAAAGCAGUGCAGCGCAGCAAAAGUGUGCUGAUCAGCAAGUCAGGCAUUGGUCUCCGAAAGGCCAUUGGAAAGCCAGGUGUGCUGCAGGGCAUGCUGGUAUGUUACUGCGCAUGUCGCUCAUCCCAACGAGCUGCAGACUGUCAGUCAACCAGAGAUGAGAAGUCAGUAUUUGUAUGCAUUAAUAGAGACAGGGAAGGCUGGUUGUCUAUAAAUAAGAUGCUUUGAUUCACUGUCCUCCAUAAAUAGGAUCAAUUAAUUCACAAGAGCCAUUCUGAUACAAUUUUACGACAGGACUGAAAGCCAUCUCUAUUGAUCUCUUCAAAUCAAUUGUGCUGUUCAAUACAAAUUGGUGCAAAGCAUCAUUUGGCCACCUUUAUGACUCUCCUACAUCAGUACACUCGGAAUGUUGUUCUGUAUCAUUUCACAUCUGCUGAAUCGAGCUAAUAUCCCAUCUGCCUCAUUGGAGUGAUAAUGGUAUGAGCUCAAACUCAGAUUAUGCUAAUGAACAACGUGCUCAUUUCUGAUCAGAGAGCUAGCUGAGGGAUUAGAUUAUUUUUUAAAGCUCACAAAGGUUCGUUCUCUACUAAAAAAUCAAGUUUUGCAGAAAGAAAAGUAACUCUCCAGGCAAAAUCAUCUCUUGGCACCGCAGAAUUUGCUUGCAGGUUCCACUUGCUGUCCUUGAGAAGAGCUGACGGAAUUGGCUGGGAAGUCAUUUUGCUUCCACAGGCAUCUGCCCAUCUAAGGACUCAGCACAGAAGAUCUUGCUUUUCUCCAAGUCAGUCAUAUCAAAUUUUAAGAAAAUGAGAAUCUUCUGUGCGUCAGUAAUAAGGAUGAAUACAUCCCUCCUGAGGCAGUCCAACACCUCCUCAGAUUUGGAAGUUUCAUCAUAUUAUUUGCUGGAGGAAUGGAGUCUCAACACACCAGACACAAAUGUGAAGAUGUUUUUAAUCCCUCCCGUCGUCUGCCUCGUGGCAGGUGUCCUCAUCAUUCCUUCCAUCCUGUUUGUGAUCUUCUCUAGGCUCAGCAUCCGCCAGGAGACAAGGUACAUGCUGCUGGGGAACGCUCUGCUGUGCGACCUGCUCUACCUUUUGCUCUACACCCUGUCGGCUGCUCUCAGUGCAGCACAUGUAAGCCUCCCAAAGGAAGCCUGCAUUCUCCAGUUGUUUUCGCUGGCCGUGGCUUACUGCGGAGGAUUGUUCACAGCUGCUGCGAUGGUUUUGGACACGUACAUAGCUAUCCUGUUUCCUCUGCGCUACAUUGCUAUUCUGCCUUCUUCACGAACAAGGAAAGUGAUUGUAUUGCUAUGGGUCUGUUCUGGGGCUCUCCCUGGGGUUUUCUUCCUGGUGCUAUCCAGCACUCACAGCUUUGUGCCCUGCGUCCUGGAGAUGUGCGCCAUUCCAGUCAUAAUAUUGCUAACUCUGAGUGGGACCGAUGCAGUGAAACUCAGUUUCUGGCUGUCUGCCGUGGUUAUCUUUCUCUUCCUGUCCCUAAUAUUCUGUUGCUACGGCGUCCUUUAUUUUAAAACCAGGCGAUCAGGGAUAUGGGAGAGCAUCUGCUCCAGAGCCAGCGUGACAUUCUUAAUGCACAACACUGUGUUCUUCUUUUAUUUCUCUCCACUCUUGGUCCUGUUCGUGGAAUCGUUCUUGUACGUGAACAUUGUCAUUGGACUGCAGACAUCAAUCUGGAUCUCCCUGACAAUCUGUAACGUCCUGAUGAUUCUGCCUAAGGUUUUGUUCCCCUUUCUGUAUGGGCUUCGGUACAGAGAGAUCUCAGCAUCUCUCAGAUCCCUUGUCAGAAUUCAGCGUCUUCACCUGGUGUCACCCGCUCCAUUGCCAUCCUGAGGCAGCACAGCAGACAGCCGCUUCCUUGCCUUGUCAGCAUGUAAGCCUGGUGGCAGUCACUCAGCUUCUGUCAGAAGGCCACAGGUCUUUCAACACAUCACAGCUGGGAUUGCAGCAGAUGCUGCCCCGUGGUGUUCCAAGCUUUGUUCUGGUGUCGGAGGAGAUAGUGAGUCAAGGUCAUUUCCACCCUCCUGUGGCAGAUGCCCUUCUGGAAAAUAGAAAAUGAAAAACUAGGUGGUGUGAAGCAGAGGGGUGCAAAGCAAAGGGGGUAGCUACAGCUCUUGAGAGAUCACCUACGUGAGCAAGAUCCUUAAACAAGUGUGCUGGGAGCAGAACCACUGUUUUUUUCCCUCACGAUGUAUUCCUGCAAGGUUGGUAACUGACGUCCUAUUCUAUAAAGCAUUUGAUGGAAGGUGCCUCUGCAAACCGCAGCGCCGUGCUGCACCGCAUGCUGUGCGUUAUCCCAUGGCUGCACUAUGGGCUCCGCCUGACUGCCUGCCAAAUGCUGCAUUCCCAUGGAGUUGGGCUGCCGGGCAGUCUCAGGGGCAGUGAGGGGCACUGGGUGAGUGCCUGUUAGCUGAAGAAACUGCUCAUAGAGUUACAGGCUAAAAAUAUCCCUUCAAAGAGAAGUGAUGUUGUUUUCAGUCUAAUCGAGGUUACCCCAGAGGUCUGUUCUGUAGCAUGUUCUGCAAGCUGCCAUGUCAGCACAGCUAGGGGAGAUACAGUUCAUUGUGGA